AUGUCUCCUAGUCUUAGCACCGCUAUGGCAUCUGCUCGGGCGGAGCAAGGCAUGCUAGGUGCUCUCGGGGUGCCGAGACUCACUGUCGGAAAGAAUCCGUUCAUCAAAAGCCAAGCCGGCCUUUCGGUCGUCGCCGCUCGUCCAGAAACAACAGAUGCACCGUACUGCCAGGGUAAGCCCACUAGCCGUGGUGGCGACAGCAGCCGCGAGUCAUUGCUUGCCUCUCAGAGGAGUGUCACAGAUGGAGGUAGAGAAAGCAGGAGCUGCGCCGACAGGCUGCCAGCCCUCCCUUCACCAAAUCAUCGCGCCCGGAAGGAUGAGGCUCACCGAGAAAUCGACGAGGUCCGCACGCUGCAUCAUCAGCCAUUGGACCCCAGUCAACCUCGCAGCGGGUUUGAGAAGCUACGCAAGAAGCAGGCAGAGCGGCGAGAGCGCGACGCCCGAGCCAUCGAGACGUUCGAGGCCGGGGUGAGCGCCAUCUCUGAGGACAUGGAGCAGAGAGUGUUGGAGGCAAGCUACGCUCUCCGCGACGGCCUAGAGGAGGCCGAGGAAGCCGUUGCCACCAUACGGGCAGAGCUGGGUGCGGACGAUCAACUCGUUCAAGGAGACAUGGCGUACGUCGAGGAGAUCUGGUCUAAGCUAGAAGCGCAGUGCAACCGUCGGUCUAGCCGCAUCCAGGAGUUUCGAGAGGGGUUGGAGCGCGUCGAGAUUCUCCGAUCAGAGGCUGUCGGGGGAGAGCUUCGUCGUUUGGUGGAUGACAUGAUCGCUAUCGCGUUCAGGAUGCCGGACGAAAUAGAGCGAAUCGCGGAGGAACACGCUCACGAGCUCAACGGGGUGCUUAUCAGCAACCGCCUCGCCCAUGCCGAGCUCCUGGGAACGAUGGAGAAACGAGAUUUUUCCUUCGCGGUGGGAAUUCGAAGGGUGUGGGAGACUCGAAGGGAGGACUGGCGUCGAUUGCGACACGACCGCGCGUUGGUACACUUCCACGCAGACCUGACAGCGCCGAACUUCACCAAUCCCCCGGAGCGCGUGGCGCUGUUCAGGGAGUUCAAGAAAGGGCAGGUGUUGCGACACGCAGAGCGAGUGGCCUUGCUGAGGGGUCUCUGUCAUCGGCGGCCCGUCGAUUCAUCGGCUCCUGGGGCAGUCGCGGACGAUGUAUCAGAGGGGCGGCUCACGACGACGGCCGUCCGCGAGGUUCGAGAAGCGUACGCGAUCUUGCACGGGGAAGAGAUCGCAGCCAUCUUGGCCGCGCAAGAAGGUCUCGGGAGCAUACGCGAAGCAAAGCAGAAUGAGUCCGAAGCGCGCCGCGAAGCGGUCAGGGCGGAGUUACACGGCUACGGAGCAGCGUGCACCGAGCCGGACCUCGAGGCCUGCUGCAUGCAGGUGGAGGCCGUGGCGCACGCCCGCGGCCUGGAAGACUUCAUGAGGAAGGCCGGCGGGCUCAAGCACGAGCUGCUAGCUUUGGUUCAGGGCAUGCGAAGCCCUGAAAUCAUGUACGACAGCUGGCUGUCAGUGGCUAUCGAGAGGACCGACCUGGUGCUAUGCGGAGUGGAUCUUGAGCGGGUUCUCGACAAACAGGGCAAGGCGGGCAUGCGUCGGGGUCUGGCGGACUCGGUCGAGCGACUGCGCAAGGCACCCAAGAGCGACAUACCAUCCAUCCUCGACGCCAUGCGUCGCCAAGCGGCAGAUCUCUCACAGGUGGUGGAUAUCGACCCCCUGCUUGCUGCCUGUCUUGACCACGCGACGGAAGACAUCGACCGCGUGGUGGACACGAUCGAGAGGAGGGGAGACAGUGACAGCGGUGGGCGUGGCGGGGGAGCGGCCUCGGUCGGGAGCCGGGUUUCCAAGAGGAGCGGUGUGGGGUCAAGCCGAGGAAAGGGUUCAAAAAGUGGAGGGAGCGCCAGCGGAAGCAGUCCAGGGGGCUCGAGAAGCACGGGAGGACCACGCCGCUCGACAACCUCGAGGGGCGGCGGUUGGGAGUCAGAAAUCGAGAUCGACAUGCUUCAGGUGCGCGCGGUGCAGCGCCGACUCGGCAUGCUGGCAUGCGCGAGUGACCUGAGCGAGGAAUUCAAGGAGGUGCUGCGGAGCACUCGAGCCGCGCUGGAGCAGAAACGAUCGUGCAACAAAGCCGUCGACCUUGUAGUGUCGCAAGAGGCUGACGGCGAGCUCACCGCAAGGUUAUCGGAACAGUCGUUGCUAAUGGAACGUGCCUUGCGCUCCAUGGACGCGAGGGCCCAAAGCCUUCACGCCUGCGCCGAGCGUGUCUGUUCUUUCUUCGCGGCCAUGGCCUUGGAAGUAGAGACGCACGAAGAAAUCGAAGCCAAGAUCGACGAGUCCGGGGAGCAGCGGAUGUUCGAGUGCAAGGAAGACUUUAGGCUAGCCGACGAGGAUCGGGAGGACGAAGUCAAGACGUCCACGUCCAGGGUGAGGAUGGCGGCAGACGAAAACGAGCUGGAAACGUCGUUCGCCAGGGUUAUCGACCUCCUCGAUCAGGUGGAAGAGUCUUACCGUGAGUACCACAAGACCGCCUUCACGGCGGCCGCCGUACAUCCGGCCAAAGCUGCGCAGGAGGCGGAGCGGGUGCGGGCGGCCAUUUGCUCUCUGGUGGGGCUGCACCCACCCCGUCCACCUACGACGGAGACUCCCCACAAUGAGGGCGGCGACGGCGAAGGCGGAAUAGGGGAAGGGACGGAGGAGGCGGUGACGGAGGAUGAAGAGGAGAGCAACACCAAACACCGACGUGCCUCGGCGCUCGAAGAAGAAGGUGCAGCGCUGGCAUCUGACGGUCCAGAGGAAGCCGACAGCAGUGACACGAAACCCGUCACCUACAGGGCCCCGGGAGGAGGUGGCGGCGAUGCCUCCGCCGGUGCGAUCGACUACGUCGUCGACCGUACCCCGCACGAGGUCGCGCAGGACCUCCUGUCCUCCUCUGUCGACGAAGAGGGCACCGAAGGAGACGAGACCGGCAGCGCCACCGACGAAGAGAACGAGGAGCAUGACGGACCAGAGACAACGCCGCAGGGGGGAGAGGGUCAGGGCGCCGAAACAGCUGCCGCAGUCGACGCGGCGGCGAGCGGUGGCGACGGCAAGAAGGGCAAGGGGAAAGGGAAAGGAAAAGGAGAACCCGCCAUGUCUGCCGCUGACGUUGCUGCUGCCGCCGUAAAAAAUCUUCCGAGGUACUGGAGGGGGAGGUUCGUUCCUCUAGAGGAAGAGGACCUGCAGGCGCUAGAGCUUGAGAAGGGAGCGGAAGGCCUGGAGGAAUACUUCGACAGGAGGGACCGGCGGUUCCGGGAGCUCUCCGAAGAAGAGGUAGAACAGUUCCGAACGGCCGCGGACGCCGAAGCCGCGGCACGCGCGCAAGCAAAGGAAGAGGCGGAGAAGGCGGCCAAGAAGGGCAGCAAAAACGGCGGCGGUAAGGGAAAGAAGCCGGCCAAGAGAGCAGCGGCGGCGACACCACCAACCCCGGAGGAGGUUGCCGCGCUGGAAACGGCGCCCGAGCCCCCUUCGGUGCUGGAGGCGUACGAGGAGGUGAAGCGAGAGGUGGAGCGGCACCGGGAGUUCCGUAAGGAAGAGGCCGCGCGGCGCCGGGCGGAGGAGAGGCUCGUGCCGAGGGACCCGACGGGAGAAGUGGUCAUGGAAGAGCUGUCGAUGCCCGUAGAGGAAGCCUCGGCCCUGCUCUCCUCGCUCAGGGACGAUCUGGUGUCGAGAACCGAGACCAGAGCGGCGGUCAGGGUGGCGGCGGCCGAGAGCGCGUGUCUCGAGGCGCAGGAAUAUCUGUCCGAGGAGCUCGAGGAGCGGCUGCGAAAGCACUGGCCGCGGAAGGGGAGGACAGAGGUCCGAGACAAGUUGUCAGAGCAGGAGAAGGCCUUCCGAGAAGAGCUCCAGCGAGGGGUGUCCGCCCGAGAGGUUUUCCAAAAGGCGCUUGCAAGCAUGUCGGAAGGGCUCAAAGACGCCACCAGCGUCGCGGCGCUGCAAGGCAUGGAAUCCAGGUGCAAGCGUCUCGUGGCCAGCUUUGAGGUAGAGCACGAGGCUCUCCAACCGAGGCUGGAGAGGUUCAUCAGGGAAGAGCCGGCGAGGUUGCUCGCCAGCUGCGACGACAUGACGAGGCUGUGCAAAACGUUUGCUGAGGGAGGGGACUACGACGACCAGGAGCUGGACGAACUCGAAAGCUUCCUCCGGGACCCACGAGAGGAGGUUUCAGCAGCGGUGGCGUUGAGGCGGGAGGCAUUGGUGCAGGCUGGGGAAGACCACAAGCUAGGCGCGGAGGACGAGACAACGUUCAAGACGGAACACUCGCGCUGCGUUAUGGAGCUGUCGCUUCGCGAGGGGCUCGGACAAAGGUACGGUGCCCCCCGCCGGAACGCCCAGGAGAGGCUUCGAUCGGUGAUCAUGAGGGACGAGAGGUGCGCGGAGACGAUACAUCGACUCCUCAAUGACCUCGAUGGGUUGCUGGUAUCCCGUCAGGUCGGCGAUACCGGCUCAUUCCUGGCCGGAAACCUCGACGAGAAGGCGCCGGGCUGGGGUGGGAGCAUCAACCGACCACAAGAAGAACAAGACAGGAGGAGCGAUCACACGGUCACGUCUUCCGCCCCUGCCGAAUCCGACGACGACGACCGGACCCUAACGCAGCUACUGCGAUGCAAGUUGCUGUCAAUUCGAGAGGCCCUCUUCCGACACGCCUCUUUCUUGGAGUUCCUCCCCGCGCCUGAGAGGGUGGAUCGGAACCGACACGUGCCGGGGGUGGACGUGGACGUCGGCGUGGGGCGAGAAGACGGGGCACAUCACCCGGAGCAGGAGAAGGAGGAGGAGGAGGAGGAGAGGGAGGUGGGCGGGGAUGAAAUCGACCCUGAGGUAACCCUCAUGCCCCAGGAAGGGGAAACGUUCGCCGGCGCCCUCGACUCCCUGGAGGGCCGAUGCCGGUCCGAAACACGCCUCCUGUACGAGUCGGAGGGGAAGGGGGAACUCUUGGACGAGACCGGCGUCCCGGAGAGCCUCAGGGCCUGGCUUGGGGAAUCCCGUGAGCGUGCUCUGGGCGACGGCGGGCACCGAAGUGAGGCAAAACGACGACUCAGAGGGCAGGUGGAGCGGUUCGAGCUUCUUGUGGCCAAGCGCCCCGUGCCUCGCGAUGUUUCGGCCGGACCUCGCGCUCCGGCGGUAAUGAUGCUCGACUUAUCUUCUAGGCUGGAACAGCAAGCAUUCGUUCGAAGGCGACAGCGCGAGGCCUACUUCGAGCGCUCGCUUUCCGUCUGGGCCGCAGCCCGUACCAAGCACCAGCGACAGCUCCGUCCCGCUUUCGGGUCCGCCGACCGUCGCGAAGAGCUAGACGAACUCCUCGCCAUCGAGGCCGCUCGAGCGGCGGAGGUGACCGAGGCGAUAUUGUCGUUCAGCCGGGAGUUAAUGAAGGAAGAGGUGGCGGCGAUGAAGACACAUGCGGCCAGGGUUGCCUGCUGCUUUGGUGGCGUCGCCGCAAUACUUGACAGUGUGGUAAUGGUGGAUGACCUAGGUAAGCUUCCGGGCGACGACGAUCUCGAGCCGAAGCGAAGAGGCUUGCGGCGCCUGAGGAAGGCCGAGCGCACGUUCCUGAAACAGCAGCAACAACAGGAAGCCUCCAUCGCAGACAGUCAGCCGGCAGGAGGGAGCAAGAAAUCAACCGCCGCUGCCACUGCCGCCGCCGCUGAUGACGGUGACGACGGCGGUCUCCCCUCACGUACCGACAUGAGGGGGAAAGGGCGUCAAUGGGAGCGCCGGCGUUGGAGAACGAUCGGCCUGUCCGACCUCACUCGCGUGAUACUGGCGGCAGGGACAACCACGGAAGCGACGGCAGGGAUGGCAUCUGCCACAGAAAGUUUCAGAGCCGUGCUCGCAGGCCUUGAUGCCGGCGACUCCACGAAGGUAGUGGCAGGAGCAGACGACGAAGCGUCGAUAGCAAGAGAACCAACAGUGGCGGGAAAGGGUACCGGAGCGAGCAGCAAAGCCAACGGGAAGAAGGGGAAGGGCGGCGGCAAGGGGAAGCAAGCAGCGGCCGCGGCGGGUGCUGAGGAGGUGGAAGAAGACGACGGGGUGGCAGCGGCGAAGAGGCGGGCGGCAGACAGAGAGGCAGAGGUGAAAACGUGGGCGGAGGGGGUCCGCGAGGCGCUCGAGGCCGAAACGUUCGUCACCACAGCUCACAGGGCAGCAGUGGCGACGAGGGACGAGAUCAUCUUGGGCCUGGCGGAUAGAGCAAAGAACAACAUCAUCGAAAUAGAGGAGCGCUACAGCCAAAUGAUCGAUGAGGAGGCCCACUGGGGGACGAAGUGGAAGCAGCUGGUCGACCUCCUAGUCAAGAAUGAGGCUUGA